AUGGUCGUGGAAGCCGACGACGGGUCCGUGGCCUACGCGCACCACGCGACGGGCAAGGCCGCGACGGGCCCGACGGAGGCGUCCGUCGUCGAGGGCCCGACGAUCUGGGUCACGCUCAUCGACCCCGUGAGCGGCCAGGUCUACUACUACUCGCGCAUGUCGGGCGAGUCGAGCUGGGCGCCGCCGCGGUGGAUCGACUACUACGACCCCGACGCGCGCUGCGUCUACUACGUGCACACGCGCACGAACGCGUCGACCUGGGACCGGCCCGAGUCGUUCCUCGACGACGCCGAGGCCGCCGCGGGCGAGCUCGACUACGCGGACGCGCCGCCGCCCGAGGAAGCCAAGGCCGCCGACUCGCCGCGGCGCCGCGGCGCCGACGACGAGGCGAAGCGCGACGCGUCGCCGGCGAAGCGGCCCGCGUCCGCGCACGCGCCGCCGAGCCACGUCCGGAGCCCGCCGGGCGUGAACAAGGAGAACGGCGACGCGCCGCUCGACAAGCUCAACGCGAUCCUCUUCUCCUACCAGAAGCGGCCGAAGCAGCCCUGGGACCCGGCCGCGACGCAGGCCCCGGCGGACGCCGCGUCGCCGGAAGCGAAGAAGCGCGACUCCGGCGCGUCCUGCCCGUCGCCGCCGGACUACCCGACCUUCGACGGCGAGGUGUUCAACAAGACGUCGAUCGGCAUCGGCGUCAUGGCCACGGUCGUCGGCGGCGCGGGCGUCAUCUGUUUCGCGGCGUUCUUCCAGAACAAGAAGCACGGAUUCAUCAAGGGCCCCCGGGCCUGCGCGACGGUGCGUGCCGCGGUCCCCGGCCACGUCCCCGGCCCGUGCCCGGGCCGUGCCCGGGGCCCCGUGCCGGGCCCGUGCCGGGCCUCCCCGGCCCGUGCCCGGCCCGUGCCCGGGGCCCGUGCCGAGUGCCGGGCCCGUGCCGGGCCGCGUGGCCCGUGCCCGGCCCGUGCCCGGGGGCCCGUGCCGAGUGCCGUGCCGCGUGCCGGGCCCGUGCCGGGCCGCGUGCCCGGAGCGCAUUUACCGUGCCGGAACCCCCGUGCCCGCCGUCCCCGGCCCCCGUCCCGGGGCCGGACCGUCGUGCAGGGGCCCGUACCCGACUCGGAGCAACACGAUGGGUGCUUGAUUGUCAUGCUCGGCCCAGGAGAGACCGGCGACACGCCGGUCGCCGAGCUCAAGCGCAAGUCCGAGGAGCACAAGGCCGAGGCCGCGCGCCUCGAGCAGCGCGUGCUGUUUGCCCAGGAGCGGCACGGUGAGGCCGACGACGAGGAGGCGCCGCCGCCGCAGACCGGCGACGACUCGGGCGCGUCCGCCGGCGGCGACUCGUCGUCGUCGUCGCCGCUGACGCCCGGCCCGCCCGGGCGCGGCGCCGUCGUCGUCACGCUCGCCGAGGCCUUCCCCGACACGUUCGGGUUCGGCGAGGCGUUCAAGGAGUUCGAGGGCUGCGCCGUCGGCGGCGACGGAUACUACCGCCGCGCGUCGGAGCGGGAGCUCGGCCGCCUGACACAACGCCCGUUGUAUGAUCUUCUGCGUCUCUUACGCCCGCAUAGGAACCAGGAUCUCAAGUGCGACAUCAUCGAGGAGCUGGUUCGCUACGGGACGCCCGCGCACGUCUCCGUCGACGCAGACGGCGAUCUCUUCUACGACCGCGCGCCCGUGCCGCCGGUGAAGCGGGUGAAUCUGCGCUUCGCGGGGAUGAUCCGCUUCGGAAGUGGAUUCGAGGCCUUCGACGGCAAGCGGAACCCCUUCACCGACGAGCCCUUCGCCCGGGCGACGUACGACGAGCUCAUGUCGAUGCACAGGCCGGUGUUAUCGCUUAUGGUCGACGCAUGCCCAAUGACUCGCGAAGAGCGGUCCGCUUUGAUGAAACGAAGCGCGAAGGAACGUCUGGCGAAGUUCCUCGCAUCGCAUGGGGUGCCAAAAGGCGUCGACCUGCGCCCUGGCGCGCGCCGGAUUUGUCUCUACCGUCCGUAUCCUAUCGGGUUUUCGACGCGAGACCAUUCGUCGGAAGCGAAGCGCUUUCGUGCAGCACAAAAAGCGAGGUGUUUGGCGCAAUCCAAGCUCGCGGCCGAGGCGCGGCUCGAAGGCAAGCCGAGAUCGAGUGGUGGUGGUUCCGGUGCCAUCUCGGCGUCGCGCAACGCCGAGCAGAAGCGUCUGAUCGCGCUCCUCGCCGAUCAUCACGCGCGCGCCAACGGCCACGACUUCGCCAACCGCUGCUACAGGAAGUGGUGGCACACGAAUUAUUGUAACCCGCCGGAGGCGGUCAUGUGCUUCGUGUGCAAGUGUAUGACGAAGAAACGCGUAUUCGAGCACUGGCAGAUCGCGAACUCGGACGGCUCCGUCACGUACUACCACCGCAGCCUCACCUGCUGCCCGACAUGCAACAUCGUCACCGUCUGCAUCGUCGACAAGCUCGAGCUGCCGGCGCAGGACAUCGCCGAGGCGCGCGCGCGCGCGCGCGCAGAUGCACGCGCCGUCGCCGCGUUCUGCUACCCCGGCUACACGCCGCCGUCGUAG